AUGCCCUCAAUCAUCUCCAUCGCCAUCAAAUCCGCGAUCCCAAAAGCCCUGGCAAGCUUGACGGCUCAAAACACUUGCGCAACGGACUUUUACAAAACUUCAACUUCUUCUGCUGCGACUAUGGACAUGAACGGGCUUCGCGUGACGGAGUUUGCAUUGUUCGGGAUCCUUUCAGCGCAGCCGGUCCCAGAAGAGCACAUCCCGACGACGUUCCGGGAAGUGGUUCGACCGCAUUAG